AUGCCAUUUUGGAAAAAAAACGGACUGGCUGAUGAGCUCUCUAUCUCUCAGGAGCCAGAUACGGCAUCGUUGUCAUCAAAAGCAACUUCUGUGUCUUCAUCUGUGCCUAAGAAAGGUCUUGUCAAGCGCCAUACUCCGUUUGAUGCUCCGGUAAAUCCCAUAAAACCACCAGUAUUCGACCUUACAGACGAUCAACUCGCCAAAUAUAAUGACGUUUUGGAAUACUUUGAGGAAUACAUAAAGGAAAAUAUUCCUGUUUCGGAUUCUUCCAACGCUGAAACACAUCCUAUACUUGAAGAAGAGAAGGCGUGGCUUACCAAGGAAUGCUUUUUGCGCUACUUGAGAGCCACCAAAUGGAAGGUUGAACCAACAAUCAAGAGAAUAAAGGAUACUAUGGUUUGGAGAAGAACUUUUGGGGUCGUUACCGUUCCUGGUCAUAGUGAUCCCAGAAAAAUUAUCACUCCGGAAUUAGUCGAAGCAGAAAACGUCACAGGCAAAAACCUUAUAGUCGGUUACGACAACGACAACAGGCCUUGUUUGUAUUUGAGAAAUGGGUACCAAAACACUUCGGCGUCUCUAAGACAGGUACAACACUUGGUAUUUAUGUUAGAAAGGGUAAUUCAGUUUAUGCCACCUGGUCAAGAUGGAUUGGCGUUGUUGAUAGACUUCAAGGCAGCUCCCGCUCACUUGAACCUUUCUUCUAAGUUUCCCUCACUUAGUAUUUCAAAGCAAGUCUUACAUAUUCUCCAAAAUCACUAUCCCGAAAGAUUGGGUCGUGGACUUUUUACAAAUAUCCCCUGGAUUGGAUACACAUUUUUCAAGUUGGUCGGUCCAUUUAUUGAUCCAUAUACUCGUCUGAAAACGAUUUAUGACCAACCCUUUGAGAACUUUGUUCCCAAAGAGCAGCUUGAUAAGGAAUUCAACGGCAUGCUCGACUUCGAAUAUAUUCAUGACGUGUAUUGGAAAGAGAUGAAUCAGAUGGCGGAAAGAAAACAGGCACUUUACAAGUCCAACUUCAGAAGGCUUGGUGGGAAAAUCGGCUUGAGUGAAUACGAUUUGAGGAGACAACAUGAGGAGUCAGAAGCAUAG